GAUACUCCUAAUAGUCCUAUUAGAAGUGCACUACAAAUUUUAAGGAACAGCGAGCUUGCGAAACGGGCUGUACGGACGGACUAAGCUCAGAGAUAGAGAGAGAGAGAGCGUUCUCUCCAUUACACUGUAGCAAACCGACCAUAUAUACACACAUAUAUAAUAUAUAUAUAUAUAUAUAGGUGUGAAGAUAUAUGUAUAUGCGUAGUUGCCUGAACAGAGAAAACCUAGAGAAACUAUGGAGAUGUACGGACGGAGCACAAUCAGAAACGGGUCGCAGCCGGAUACGAGCGCAGAAUGGGCUCCGGUGGGGCCGGAAACGGAUCUAGAAGAAUCAAUGCAGAGGUUGGGGUUGUGGGGCAGAGAAAGGUACCCGGAGAGGCCGGGUGUGCCCGACUGCGCAUACUACAUCCGAACCGGGCUAUGUGGUUAUGGUGGCAAGUGUCGGUUCAAUCAUCCUCGUGACCGUUGCUCUGUUGGGGCAGUACAAUUGGGAGUAGGGGUAUAUCCUGAACGACCAGGGGAGCCUACUUGUCAGUACUAUUUAAGAACAGGAACCUGUAAAUUCAGUGCAUCCUGUAAGUUUCAUCACCCAAGAAAUGCUGGUGGAUCCUUAAGUAAUGUCUCACUUAAUAUUUAUGGAUACCCAUUAAGACCGGAUGAGAAAGAAUGCUCCUACUAUUUGAAAACGGGGCAAUGCAAAUUUGCUUUAACCUGUAAAUACCAUCAUCCUCAACCAGCUGGUGUGUCAGGGCCAGCAGCUGCACGUCCAUUUUAUCCGACUGUGCAGUCUCUUCCUGGACCUUCCACAGAACAGUACAGUGGCAAUUCAGCUAACUUUAGGGUCACAAGGCCUCCAUUAUUACCUGGUUCAUAUUUGCCUAGUGCUUAUGGUCCAGUACUGCUUCAUCCAGGCAUGGUUCCGGUUCAAAAUUGGAGUUACUCGGGACCAGUUAGCCCAUCACUAUCUCCUGGUGCUCAACCCUCUAACGGGUUAGCUUCUGUUUAUGGAAUAUCACAGAUGGCUUCUUCUUCAACCGCCUUUCCAGGACCUUAUUCUCCUUUGCUGGCAUCCACUGGUCCUUCAAGUAGCGCACAGAAUGAAAAGUGUUUUCCUGAAAGGCCUGGCCAACCUGAAUGUCAGCACUACAUGAAAACUGGGAAUUGUAAAUUUGGAUCAUCUUGUAGGUAUCACCAUCCACCAGGCUGGAACUCAUCAAACAUAAAUAUUGCUUCCAGCCCUCUGGGGCUUCCUCUGCGUCCGGGCGCGCAACCUUGUUCUUUUUAUCUGCAAAAAGGAUUCUGCAAGUUUGGUCUAAGCUGUAAAUUUGAUCAUCCAAUGGAGAGUACAAUAUAGUCCAUCAGCUACAUAUUCUGCUACCAAUGUACCAGCUGCUCGGGGUCUUCUUUUCUUGCUUUGGUUCCUAUUUCACUGCCAAAGCUGCGUCUGGAUUUGUUCGUGGAUCUAUUCAGAUCCCUUGUGAUUAUGACGAGUGAUUCUAGUAGUUCAGAUGGGAUUCAGGUCAGGGAAGAUAAACUCUUAAACUAAAAGCUGAGUCCAAUUCACAGUUGCAGUAGUAUUUUAUGUUUUGGGUUUGUAGUCUGUAGAGAAGAAAGACAUACAGUUUGUUAAGUUACUGUAGCUUUUUUGGGUGUCCAGUCCAGGUACUAUUAUGUUGUGUGAAUGAAGUUGGAAGUAUGUUAGAUGAUCC